AUCUUAUAAAAUAUCAUCAGCUUUUGUCUUACUUGUUUCUAAAAAUAGGUGAGAUGACCCAACUUGUUUUUGUCUCAGAUUUAGCUGUGGGCGUUUAUCAGGAAGAAAGAUCCCAAUAUUCUCGUCGAGUUUCGUGCUUUGUGAGGACUCUCCACCCACAUUGGUAUAUUUAUGACAGCCUUAUAAAACAUGUUUGGAUCCUAUUCCUUAAAGGGUUAUAACCGCCCAAUGGCGCUUAUUAGGUCUAUAGAGAAGCUAAGAUAGGAUGUUGUCAUGCGAUUGUAAAUUGGAGUGAAGAGGAAAUGUGCACAAAAGGUGCAGAAACCAAACGUGACUUCAAUGAAUUCAAAGAGUAGCCGGUGGAAAACACGGCACGAUAAAACAAAGUCUUAUUUUUCAUAUCAGAGAAAGAAGAGGAAUACAAUUAAUAUUCUCAUCUUGUAUUUAUUUACACAUCCGGGUGUCUGCGUGCGCCCUCCUCCUUCGAGUGAUGCGUUCAUGUCACAUGGGAAAUAAGCCCUUCAGCGAUAAAACAAUAACUUUCCGAUUUUUAUUCUGAAUAUAAACUUUUUUUCCCGUUAUUGCUUCUUAUGAAUAAUUCUUCACUUUGGCACAUUUUAGACACUGGCUCGUGGGUUUAUACUUUACAGUAUCACACUUAUCAACAUCCAAAACUACCUUGACUUCCAUUUAAAACUUUCACUUGCCAAAGGAAACAACUCGAACCCCGAAGUGAAACACGUGUAGGGGAAUUACUAGGGUUUUUUAUGUUUAAAAUGAUACUACAGAGGCUUUCGUUCAUUUUGGAAUUAUAAAUAAUGAACAUAUUUAUCAUGCAAGUAACGUCAAGGUUGUGGCUUCUUUAUGCAAUGUAAACUUAUUUAAAUUAGAAUAUAGAUCACAAUAAAUCAAUAAAUACAGCUUCUUUUUAUAUAUGUUUACAUAUGAGAUGACGUAUUUGCAAUAAAGUAUUUAAUAUUAAAGUGAGAGAAAUCAGUGGAAACCCCUGUAGAACACGUACAAUGACAAAAGUCUCCCCGAACCCGGUUCCCAUCUUCCCCACGGGGACCUGAAAGCGGCACUGCCGCUGAUUGGUCGGCCCCGUCCGUCAAUCACAGCUCCAGCUCCCUCCCACGUGGUGACGUUCCGAACCAAAGCAAACAGGCCAGUCCAUUACGAACACAAAAGACACAACAAACGCCCGUGAAGGGCUUAAACCAUGAAGCCCGUGAGCUCGCGGAGGACACAACGAUAAGUUGGGCUCUGGCAGCGGCGCACGUGGACCAGAACCCGGGGACUUUGAAAAGAAAACAACCGGGAGAACGUCUCGUCUUUUGUGCACCGAGCUGGUUCCGAUGACCCAGGUGGUUUGAUUUUCUCCCGUGGUGUCUGUGUGGAGCCUGCCACACACCCACUCCUCAACAACGACGGCUUUUGCCUGCAUCCUCCAGUGCUUCUUCUGUCAGCGAGUCCAGCAGAGCUGCAGCUCCCCCAGCGCCAGCCCGGACGCCAGCGAGGAGCCCGGCCCCACUGACAUGGUGAAGAUGACCAAGUCGAAGACCUUCCAGGCCUACCUGCCCAGCUGCCACCGCACCUACAGCUGCAUCCACUGCCGGGCGCACCUGGCCAACCACGACGAGCUCAUCUCAAAGUCAUUUCAAGGAAGUCAAGGACGAGCGUAUCUCUUCAACUCCGUGGUGAAUGUCGGCUGCGGGCCAGCCGAGGAGCGGGUUCUCCUCACAGGUCUGCACGCCGUGGCGGACAUCUACUGUGAAAACUGUAAAACCACGCUGGGCUGGAAAUACGAACACGCGUUUGAAAGCAGCCAGAAGUACAAAGAGGGAAAGUUCAUCAUCGAGCUGGCUCACAUGAUCAAGGACAACGGGUGGGAGUGACGCGCCCUUCACCGACCUUGGAAUGCUCUUUAUUGAACUGCGUGGAGCGCGCCCGUCGACCCCCCCCCGCCCCACCCCAUCCCAUCCCAAUUCCACCAACCUCCUCCCUGUCGCCUCUUUCACGCCCAUCGUGAACCAACAGAACAGACUACAGCGAUGCCCCCCCCCCCCCCACCGCAGCACGCUAGUGAUUGUGGUGACACGGCGUCCGCUAUGCGAGGAGGAGAGACUGUCGCUCCCCCAGCAGGACGCAUGAUGAUUCUUUUUAAAGUCAGUUGCUUCGGUUUUAACUUGUGUGUUUGUUUCGAUGGCAGAAGGAUGUUACUGGAUAGCAUUUUAUUUGUCUGUUCGUGUUGUUUUAUCUCCGUCUUUCGCUGAUGAGGGGGGGUUGGAGGGGGGGUGGAUUAUUGUAGCAGCAUCAUUCUUAAACAAAGCCACACAAACAAAGUGGUGGAGGAUUUUAUUCCAUUUGUUUUUUCUUUCUUGUGAAUCUUCUUAAUUUCCCUCAAGAAGCUUUGAAAGCAGCACCUAUUUGUUGGACAUAAAUGGUUAUAUAUACAUAUAUAUAUACACGUAUAUCUAUAGUUACUAUAUAGAUAUAUAAAUACUUGUAGUGUUUGGCUGAGUAAUAUUGUGGCUGGUCCCAUUUUGCAACAUGGCCUAAAAGUGGUAGUUUCUAACUGGGGGGCAUCAGUGAGCAUCAAGCAAGUGAUGAAACAACACACACACGAUUACAUGAAUACUAUGAUGUUCGUAGUAGGUGGAUAUGGGAACAUAUUCUGAAUAUAUAUUUCCUGUCCUGCGCACACACGUGCACAUGCAUACGACUGUGUGGAUACAUACAUGCGUUGUGUGUGUGUUUGUAGUCACGCAUCACACAUCAACACACAUUGAUCGAUGCCACUUUUUGCAGACGCAUCCGGCUCUUAACUUGGAGUCAAAGAGUUUGUUUCCUAGUAGUUUUUUUUUGUUUUUUUUGUUUAACGGCCUCACAGAUGAACGACGGCUUGUUGCCCCCACGGACGAUCUGAUCAUACGACUGUUUUUAUUACUGUUUGUUGGCUUAGUUUCCUUCCCGCUCUCGUAGGUCUUUUGCACUUUAUUCUCUACGAUCUGCUCGAGCGCAUCGAUCGUCUCUUUGUGAACCGCUCGCCCCCCCUCCUGUUUUCUGUUGUGCUGUGCAUAACUGGAAAAAACCUAGUGCCCCCCUCCUCCUCCUCUCCUCCCCUUUCUCGUUCAAAGUGUCCCUCAAAAAUAACGUUCUGCACCAAAAUCCUCCCGGAGCUCUUUGCGGUUUCUUUCUUUUCCAUUUUGUACAUUAGGGUCUCGAGGUGCACGAGCAGACGGAGGUUCGGGACGCAGGUUUCCAGGUUUGAAGGAGGUGGAGGGGCGACGCGGGGCGGGACGGGAGAGCGAUUUAAAAAAAAUCAGCAGUGACUGAUUACUUUGCCGGCAAGGUCGGUCAGAUCACGUGACCUUUCACCCUAAAAAACGAUGACAAUGCAAACCCUUGAUAGUGAAAACUACUUGAACAUAUAAAGACAUAAACAGCUGAGACAUUGGCCCCUGUUACAGUUUUUGUACAUAAAGUAACAUAUUUAAGGUUUUAUACGGAUUUCUACUGGGUUAGUUCAUUUACUUCCCAAACUUGAAGCACUUUUGUUCUGUGUGUAUGUGUGUGUGUGUGUGUGUGUACAUACGUGUGUAUUAGCCCACGUGUGCGCGCGCACACACACACGAGUGACUGUUUAGUUUCUUUUCUCUUUUCGUUUCUCCUCCCUUUUUCCUUUCUGGGGUCAGAGGUGUUUCUUCCUGUCACGGCCGUCUGGUUUCUCUCCCGCUGGUCCGAGGGGCCCGUCGCUCCGCCCGGAACUGAUCUCCUCCCGUGUUUUGUUCCUCUGUCGGCGUGUUUGUUUGGCUGGUGUGGCGAGAGCCCGCCAGAGGGCCCGCCGUUCGGGCCUCCGCGGAGCCACGUGGACAUUUGAGGGCGAGCUGGAAUCUCCCGCCAUGUCGCAGGGGAAAGAGCCUUCCGCAGAGACCCUCCGGGCCGCCAUGUCGGAGGUCCUUAGCGCUCGGAAACGUUGGCCGUGAUCAUCUGAUUGUAUUUCUUGAACUAUUUUGUGUGCUGGUUUUCAUAAAAAAAAAAAGAAAUUUAAAAAAAGUUUCCUGAUUUAUUGUUUUGAUACUUAAGUCCAGUCGCUGCCUCCCACUUAUUGGGCCGCGGCCUUUAGGAGUUUCCUGACUCUUCCUCUUAUUUUAAAACACUCCUUAAUGUACGGCGUCUUUGGUCAAAGGUCAAAGCGCUUCCAAGAGCUGCGUCGGUUUCGGAGGUCGCGCCUCCUGAAUUGGGACGCAGCCUCCUGCCGACGCUCUGAUCUUGAUGGAGAAAUCUGGGCUGGAAAAAACUGACAGACGCUGAAAUCGCUCCUGCGGCGGAGCGGCGGUCGCGUUGCUCCUUCCCUGUUGUGCGCACAGCCACUUCCUCCAAAGGACCUCCAAGGUGGCGCCCGUGGCGGCGGCUCGCUUUACGCUCCCUUCGAUGUAGGCCGGUCUGGGGAGGCGAGGGGAGGAGGAGGAGGGGGGAGGGCUUUACCAAAGCUAAAGAGGAGACAUCCUGUGGCGUCUGAUGUCUCUCUGUAGAAUGUUUGGAUCCUCCGAACUCAACAGCGUCUCGGCGGCCCGGGCGAGACGCGUGGACGCGUGCUGCUGAAAAACUGUUUACUUUUGGUUGUUGUUAUUUCCUUUCUUUGCGACACUGGCUACCUGCUUCUGAGUUCCUUUCUAAAGAAACCCGCCUGGACGGGAACGACUACCGAGUACUUCUCUUAGGACUGUUGACCUGCAGUUUGAGGUGCAAAGCAUGUUGUAUUUAUAAUGGCUUUAUGUCUCGGGGUUGUUGUUGUUUUUUUUCUAAAAAUUGAAAAAAAAACAAAAAUAUUCCAUGCUUUUAUUUGACUACAUUGCUUUGCAUUGUGUCUCAGUAAGGCCACGUCACGCGUCUGUUUUCACUCCAAUGUAAACUAUCAGAUGUCACAAUAAAUUUUCAAUGGCAUUAA